GGCAAGAUGAUCACGCUGAUCAGCUCCGACGGCGAGAAGUUCGAGAUCGCGCAGGAGGCAGCGGCCAUGUCCCAGACCGUCAACCACAUGAUCGAGGACAACUGCGUCGACGACAAGGGCGUCAAGCUCCCCAACGUCACCUCCGGCAUACUCGCCAAGGUCAUCGAGUACUGUAACAAGCACGUCGCCGCCUCCGGCGAUAGCGCCAGCGAGCAGGACCUCAAGACCUUUGACGUCGCCUUCAUCAAAUUGGAUCAGGCCACUCUGUACGACAUCAUCCUCGCCGCCAACUUUCUGGAGAUCAAGGGCCUCCUCGACCUCAGCUGCCAGAGGGUGGCUGACAUGAUCAAGGGCAAGUCACCAGAGGAAAUCCGCCAGACGUUCAACAUCAAGAAUGACUUCACGCCGGAGGAGGAGGCAGAGAUCCGCAGGGAGAACCAGUGGGCAUUUGAGUAG